UGAUUUAUGUUGUGAUCAUUUUAAGUUCAACAAGUAAACAAGUUUAAAAAUGAUGAAAUCUAUUUCCCCCGAGAUGGUGCUGUUACAGUUUUUGCGCGUUUCUGAUUGAGCGCACGGGAUGUCAUAGCUUAAAUUAUGUGUAAUGUUGCAUAAGUUGCAUAUUGCUAGUCGCUGAUAAAUUCACAAAAAGAGUAUUUACCAGUUUAAUAAAUAUUCUUCUCUGAAAUUUUUAAACUCUUAUAAAGUUUCAUCAAUAAUCUAGCACAUGUGCAGAUUGAUAAUUGGAUACAAGUGAAUAGUCGUCAACAAAUCGCAAAAUCUGCACAGAUCCAAUCGAUACUUAUUCAGUAUACAUCUGUUCAUCAGACUCGCCGCUCCCAAGAUGACCGAGGCAAAUCAAGAGGACAACGAAAUCGCUCAGGAUGAUGCGAUUGAUGAUACCGGCGCCGGCAAUAUCGUUGACGAGGAGGAAGAGGACGAGUACGUACCGGAGCCACCGCGCCCCAGCUAUCACAUUGUGCUAGUUGGUGACCAAGGUAUAGGCAAGUCUGCUUUCAAUCUGCGAUUCUUCUACGACGAAUACGUCGAUUGCUACGAUCCAAACAAGACAGACACAUACUCCAAAUGCUAUGACUUGGAUGGAGAAGCCAUUCAGAUUCAAGUGCUUGAUACACUCGGCGCCGACGACAGUCCAGCCACUCGCAGCGCCUACUUCCGUAACGGUGAAGGCUUCAUCAUGAUGUUUGGUUUAAAUAACGUAGCAAGCUUCAAGUCCAUUCAAGAGUACAGGAAGGAGUUGUUGAAGGUCCGCGAGUCUGUUGAUAUCCCAUUAAUUCUCGUUGGAAACAAGAGCGAUGUUCCUAGCGAGAGAAAGGUGUCGUGCGACGAAGCUCAACAACUCGCUCUCAAGUGGGGUUGCAGAUAUUUUGAGACUUCUGCUAAGACUCGAGACAACGUCGACGAGGCUUUCUACGAUUUACUCCGAUUGGUUAAGAUACAGAAGUAUUAAGUUGGAACCAAUUAUCAUUUUUGUACCUCAGGAAUUUUAUUUAUUACUCCCAUUAUUCUUCCCAAUUUAAAUGAAGGGCAGUCUCAUGCAACAUUUGGUAUUUGCAUCGUUUUUUUUGAUAAAAGUAUUACUUAUAUAUUUACAACCAAAAAUAUUCUUGGAUGACAAACUUAUUUUCUACCUUU